AUGGGUGGCAGACGGCAGCCUUCACGCUGGGUCUGGUCCCUGCUGGCUGUGGCACUUCUGGCUGGGCGUGUGGCAUCUACUGGGGCCACGGACCACAGCCCGACGUCCAACAGCCUGGAGGGGGGCUCGGACGCCACCGCCUACUGGUGGGGAGAGUGGACCAAGUGGACGGCAUGCUCCCGCAGCUGUGGGGCCGGCGUGACGUCCCAGGAGCGGCACUGUCUGCAGCAGAGGAGGACGUCGGUCACGGGCGCGGGGAACAGGACCUGCACGGGCACGUCCAAGAGGUACCAACUGUGCAGACUGCAGGAGUUAGGGCCUGAAGGGAGGCGGGCGCGGGAGGAACAGGAAGUUCCUGAAUCCCCCCCCCCCCCCCCCACCCUGAGACCCUCCGUCUCCCCGUCAGACGACUACGUCCACAUCUCCAGCAAGCCGUGCGACCUGCACUGCACCACCGUGGACGGUCAGCGGCAGCUCAUGGUCCCGGCCCGCGACGGCACGUCCUGCAAGCUCACCGACCUGCGAGGGGUUUGCGUGUCUGGAAAAUGUGAGCCCAUCGGCUGUGACGGGGUGCUCUUCUCCACCCACACGCUGGACAAGUGCGGCGUCUGCCAGGGGGACGGUAGCAGCUGCACCCACGUGACAGGCAACUACCGCAAAGGGAACGCCCACCUCGGCCACUCCCUGUCCCCCCCCCCGCCCGCCGCCCCGUCCUCCCUGUGGCUCGUCCAGCUGUCCAGCUCAUGUGACCAGGUGGCUCUGCCCUGUGCUCCUUUAGCUCUCGCGGAUGAAGCCGGCUUCUACUUCUUCAAUGGCAACUUCAAGGUGGACAGCCCCAAGAACUUCAACAUCGCGGGCACCGUGGUCAAAUACCGGCGGCCCAUGGACGUCUACGAGACCGGCAUCGAGUACAUAGUGGCACAGGGGCCCACCAACCAGGGCCUGAACGUCAUGGUGUGGAACCAGAACGGCAGGAGCCCCUCCAUCACCUUCGAGUACACGCUGCUGCAGCCGCCGCAUGCCCACCGCACACAGCCCGUCUACUACAGCUUCUCAGAGCCCGCCUCGGAGAGCGCGGAGAGCCAGGAGCUGGACGGGGCCGCGCUCCUGGGCUUCCUGCGGCACAACAGCUCUUUCUACGGCCAGGCCUCCUCGGAGCGGCUGGGCCUGGACAACCGGCUGUUCGGCCACCUGGGCCCGGGGAUCGAGCUGGGUCUGAGCAAGGGCCGGGAGACCAACGAGGUGUGCGAGCAGGCCAGCGGCAGGGCCUGCGAGGGACCCCCCAGAGGCAAGGGCUUCCGAGACGGCAAUGCCACCGGGACGGCUCUCGCGGGGGACAAGGAUGACCCAGAGGUGGACGCGCAUCUCCCCUCUCAGCAGCUCCUCUCUGCCAAUGCCAUCUCCGACCGGCUCCUGGGCACCGGCUCCGACUCCAGGGAGCUCCCCUUCAAUGACACUGGCAACAGCAUCUUUGUGCAGGGCGCCCCGAGGAGCUCCCCGGCUGACAGCCUCUACGUGGACUAUGAGGACAGCGAGGGAGCCGGCACUUACCUGCUCAAUGGGUCCUACCUGGAGCUGAGCAGUGACAGAGUGACUAACACCUCCUCCGAGGCCCCGUUCCCCAACGCCAGUGCCAGCCUCCCCGCCGUGGCCGGGAACAGAACUCACAAGGCCAGGACGAGGCCCAAGGCGCGCAAACAAGGCGUGAGCCCAGCGGACAUGUACCGGUGGAAGCUCUCGUCCCACGAGCCCUGCAGUGCCACCUGCACCACAGGAGUCAUGUCGACCUACGCCAUGUGCGUUCGCUAUGAUGGCAUCGAGGUGGAUGACAGCUACUGUGACGCUCUGACCCGUCCUGAGCCCGUCCAGGAGUUCUGCGCGGGGAGGGAGUGCCAGCCCAGGUACCUGCCACCCAGCGCCCCGGGCACUGCGGGAGCAGCUGGGGCUCUGCUUCGACUCUGCCCAGGGGAGCGACGGGAGCUGGCUAGCAUCCUGCUCCUUCAGAGGGCGCUGUGCCAGAAGCCAUACCUGCCCCACUGCCGGCCACCUGGGAUCCGGGGCCUCCCAGGCCCAGGGGGUACCGGCGUUGCCGCUGUCCUGCUGGUGCUUGUCAGGCAGGACCCCUCCUGA